UUGAACAUCGAUAAGCUCUAGCUGUGUAGUUUUUACAAUUAAAAAACAAAUUUUAAACAAAAACGGAAAUGGAAAAAUGGAAUGGAAAAGUCGCUAUAGUAACAGGCGCUUCUUCUGGAAUAGGAGAUGAGACUUGUAGACAACUGGUCGAGAAAGGAAUGAUUGUUGUUGGUUUUGAUAUAAGUGACGAUAAACUUCAGAUGUUAGAAAAGGAUUUAAAAGGAAAACUGGGCAAAUUUUAUUACCUUAAAGUUGAUUUGUGUUUGGAAGAAAACAUUUUGGAAGCUUUUCAUUGGGUAAAGAAAACAUUGAAAUCAGUUGACGUACUAGUUAAUAAUGCAGGUGUCUGGAAGUAUAGUGAUUUGUUAGGGAAUACAAAUGAUUGGAAACAAAUGUUUGACAUUAAUAUCAUAGGUACUAACAUUUGCAGCAGAGAGGCUAUAAAAAUCAUGGAGGAAAUACAAAUCAAAGAAGGUCACAUAAUAAAUAUUAAUGGCAUUGCAGGUCAUUACAUAUUUCCGUUCUUGAAAGAUGUUUCAGUUUAUAGUGCUACCAAACAUAGUGUCACUACAAUUACAGAAUAUUUAAGAGAAUUGAUGGGCAUGAAAAAUUUACCCAUUAGAGUCACGAGUAUUAGUCCGGGUGCAGUAGAAACCAAAAUGACUGAACAGUUAAGUAAGUUGGAAGGCAUAAAAAUGUUGAAAUCUAUUGACGUUGCUGAAGCUAUUAUGUACGCAUUGAGCGCACCACAGCAUGUUAACGUCUCCGAAAUCAUCAUAAGACCAACAGGCGAGAAUGUAUUAGCUUUUGUUAAGAAACUUUUAUAGAUAUCGAUUAUGCUUUAUGAUUAAUAUAGGUACAUGAACAUCUACAAUUUGAACCUCAAAUAUAAACAAAAGUAGUACCUACGUUUUUACUGUUUAAAAAUAAAUAUAUAGUAUUAUGUAUCCAAUGACCAAUAUGCAUAUCUUAUUAUAGAUAAUAUGUAUUAAUCAUCAUGAAAAAAAUCUGUUUUUACCUUCACAUAAUUCUUAUAAAUCAUUAUUAUGUACACUUCAAUAAAAAAAAUAU